AGUAUUUCAGCAGAGGAGAGAGCAGCAUUUUGCAGUCCGUUAUUGAGACAGUCACACGGUGGAGCAGGUUGAGACAAACGGGUGGACUAAGUUUCAACGAUAUAUUAUUCUUUAUAUACCGCUAUUCUCAUGUGGAUCUAAGUCUUAGACUUCUGUCUAUUUCCAAAGAUUUAACCUGUGACCGGUGGAUAUUUUACGGACAUUUUUCGCAGGGUGGAAAAAUGCCUCGGUCUUUCUUGGUCAAAAAGUAUUUCGCAAAUAAAAAACCCAACUAUAGUGAACUGGAGUGUCAAAAUGCCACCUCACUGGAGAGGUACCCACUAGCUGAGUUUCCAGCAGGGGACAAUAACUCAGCUGCCACUUGUAACACAACGGGACUUGUAUGGGACGUGAACUUCCUUCCAGCCCUCUACGUCCCCACAUCCCCCAUUGAUGCCUCUACCACCCCCGGUCCCCUGGACCUCAGCUCCCCAUCCAGCCUCAGCAGCAGUACCUAUAGCAGUGGGGAGGAGGACGAGGGGCGCACCUCUGACCCACCCAGCCCCGAGCCCACAGACACCUACCACCCCCCUCAGCGCCCCAAACGCACCGGCAUCAAGAGCCAUGGGGCCCUGACUGAGGAUGAGAGAGUGGCCCCAGUCACUGCAGCAAGGCCAGCCUUCUUCUGCAAGCACUGCCCUAAAGAGUACACCAGCCUGGGGGCUCUGAAGAUGCACAUCCGCUCACACACACUACCCUGUGUCUGCCCCACCUGCGGGAAAGCCUUUUCCAGGCCCUGGCUACUGCGCGGCCACAUUCGCACACACACAGGUGAGCGGCCGUUCUCCUGCCAACACUGUAACCGUGCCUUCGCCGACCGCUCCAACCUGCGUGCGCACCUGCAGACCCACGCUGAGGUGAAGAAGUACCAGUGUGGCGUGUGUUCCCGUACCUUCAGCCGCAUGUCCCUCCUCCAGAAACACAGCGCAGUCAGCUGCUCCACCUCCUCCACAGCGUGAGCAGGAAUGGGCCAUGGAGUUAUCCCCACAGAGACCUCAGGGCGGUGGGGGAGUCUACAGACUCAUAUCACCAGCAAGACCAGAGGAGCCUGAACCAAUCUGCCAACAGAGACCAUGAACUCACCGUUAACUAGUAGUAAGUUGACCCUGACUCGUAUCUCUUUGGAUGGAACUUCCAAAACCAUCUCAGUUUCAAUCACAUUUAAAGUAGAAGAGGAACACAUUUUUCAAACUCCUCCCAUUGCAAGCCAAGUCUGGUAGAUGUUUUGGACUGUAAGCAACUCUACUCCUGCCAUUCUCCCAGUCCCAACUUAGUUUUUUCCUCAUACAGUAGUGGACUCAUGGGGGUUAGUGGUGCCAGUGUUUUUGUCUAUCCCAGCCUCUGUGCCGGCCAGGCAAGCUCAGGAUCAUCGUGGCCUAAGAGAGGUAGGGGUGCGUGUGUGGGAUACAUCUCUCAGCAGGACACACACACGCACACACACACACAGCUGUCCCUGGUAGAGUGGUGUAGAUAGACAAGGUGCUAACAGGUGCUCUGGCCCUGACCUUCACUGGGCUGAUAACAGGUGACUUCCACCUCCCCCAGAAAGAGGAAGUAUGUCAUCAUCACAAAGAGGAUGGAGUCCGUUGGUCCCUUUGUAUGCAUGUCUCCAGUGGGUGCGUCUUAAGCCUUUACUUUGACCACACAUAGCCCCAAUGUAAUCUGAAGUGUUUCAAAGACAGGAUAAAGCCAUUUGUUUAUGUCCUUAUUCCUCAUGAAAGCUCUCAGCUUUCAAUGUCAUUUUAAUUCCUGAAUGAAAAUCUGAAUGAAAAUCUAAGCCAUGCACUCCAGGUUACCACAGUGUUAAUUAUUGCUAUUGUUCUCUACAAUGAUAAAGAUAACUCGUUUUAUGAAAUGUAUUAUUUUUAAACCAAAGAUGUGCCUUUUUACCUCAGCUGGUAGUUGUUGUGUUUUUUGUUUUUUUUAAAUCUUGACAGUCAGAACUGGGGGGAAGGAGGGGGACCAAAUAACAUGUCUGAAAUGUUUACAUCAUAGAGGCACGGUUUCACAGCCCUGGCUGUACAGAAAUGAAUUUGACAUUUCCUAAACCUUUUAUGGUGGUGUUUUACAGUGCAAUGUCCAGAUUGUAUGUAGUCUUAUUUUUAUUGUGUUUGUCUUUCACUUCUAUUUCAAAUAUUUCAUAGCCGAUGGAUUUGCAUUCAAUAAAAUAAUUUAUGUUUA